AUGAAUGGGCUUGGGGGUUCGCUUUUGCUGGUCAUCGUGCUCAUGGCUCUGGUCUUUGCCGCAUCCAGAUUCGACUUUAUCCUGACGUCAGGGAAGACCAAAGAUGGUGACCUUGAAGGUGAAGAUGAUUCGACCUAUGCUUUCUACGCCUCCAAGAGGAGGAGAGCUUCCAGUGUGAAGCGAGUCACUUUCGAUAUCUAG